AGCCACAUUUAUAUCACUAUACUUUUUGGACCUUUCCUUACGGGAAGACGACAUUUAAGCAGACGAUAAGAAUGCAGCUUCAACUUUUUAUAGCUUUGUGUGUGGCCCUAUGUGCUGUUAAUGGUCACAGACCGGGAUUCCAGCGACAUUUCCCUCCAGGAUACAGGAUGAUUGGUAACUUUUUGGAAAGAGAAUCGGUUGGUCCAUCUACCCCGGAAAAUGUAUCGCAAAAUCCCACAUUGGAUAUUUCCACAGAAAACAUAUCGCCAGAACCCACAUCGGAAAGCUCCCCGGAAAACAUAUCGCCAGAUCCCACAUUGGAAAGUUCCACGGAAAACAUAUCGCCAAAUCCCACAUCGGAAAGCUGGUCACCAGAGACGACCAGCGAGUAUCCCGAUAAUGAUUAUGAUAGUGAAACAGAAGGUAGAGAAGAAGACUUAGAGGAUUGGCCAUAUGGAAUGAUAGAAGUGACAAGCGUCAUUGGUAAAUGUGUGAUAGCAAAACAUAUGUCACAGAGGAUGCGCAGCAGGAAACCCAAAGAUGGCUUUAUGGAUCGUGUUUGUCCACGUAUGUUUGAAGCUGCCAAACUUUAUACGGAGUCUGAUGACGUCACAAGAGAACACAUGGAAGACCUUGCCGAAGAAAACUUUGGCCUCCUACAAUGUGUGAAUCUUCUUGCUAUUCGGGACCAUGUUAAAGCUAUCUUGUCCAGAUUUCGUCCAGGCAAAUUUAAGGACUCUAAACCUGGUGUGAGUGGGGAAUUAGGAACUACAGGGCCGGAAUUAGGAGAAAUGACAAAGGUUCUUUGGGAAGAGGCAAAAGAACUGUUUGACUUGUGCGAGGAAACCUAUGCUGACGCUUUUGAAUCUGUAGAAGAAUGGGAAUUUGGUUUGGAAAAAGAAAUAGAGGAGGAAUCAGAACCAGAACUGAACGAGCGUUAUUUGAAUCAAAUUCUGCGUCAAUUGUCUAAACAGAAGUCACGAAGAGGAUGAGAGAAUUAAGCUAUAUGUUAAAUGACUUGUAUUGUAAUAUGAAAUUUACUUACAUUUAUGAUUAAACGAGAUUGUCUCUUUG